CGCGGGUCCUCAAAUACCAAAUACAGUUUGACAACUCGGUCGGGUGUGCAGCAGCCGCUCUGUGUUUACUGAAGUAGAGCAUGGCUGUUUCAUGCCGUCAGUAUGUCUACAAAUAAUUUUUCCCAUACGCUGGACAUCCUCCGGUCUUUGUAUCAGCACACCCAGACUCUGGAGGAGUUUGUACAAGGCGUCGUGUUCGCUGAAGGACGGAGAGUUGGGCUUGUUGAACAGUCAGAUACAAACCGCUUCAAAUCUUUCGUCCAGGGUGUUUUUGUGUGCUCUGACAAGGAACUACAACAAGUUCCGAGCUGCAACCAGAUUUGUACUCUGCCUGAACUUCUGGCCUUUGUCCUCAACACUCUGAAAAGAAAAAGAAAAAGGAACGUCUUGGCACACGGCUACAGCUUUCUGUCUCUGGCUCAGGAGAAGCGGGAUGCAGACCACUUCAAAUUCCAGGGAGAUAUCACACAGAGUGCUGCCUACAUCCAUGGAAGUGACUUGUGGAGGAAAAUCUCCACUCGCCUUGGCACUGACAUCACACGAUACCUGCUGGAGAGCUGUUCUGUGUUUGUGGCCGUCCCUCCGUCAUGUCUUUUCCAGGUGUGCGGUGUUCCUGUCUAUGAUAGAGUAUCAGUGACUACUGCCUCCCCGUGGUUCUGUCUUCAGCCUCGGUCCAGGAAACAUAACAGAGGUUAUUUUGCAAGGAAAGGUGCAGUGACUUUGACAAGGACACAGGAAAAUCAGAGGCCUACUAAUGGUAAGAAGAAUAGCAGAAAGGAUAUGAGGUUAAGGAACAGGAAAAGAAAGAGAGAAAUUGAUCAGACUGAUGAGCAGGACAUUAAGACUUUUUCAGGGAAGAAGAGACGAGCAGGACAGCAAAGACUCACCCCUGAAACACAACAAGUUAGUUUUGCAACAUUGGAAAAAAAGCAUCCAACGUCGGUGGAUCCAACACCAUCCAUGAAGCCUUUGGAAAAUGUUGCCACCAGUUUCAAACAACCUGUUGAAAUGCAAACAAACACACUUGCCUUGGAGGGAGGUCCCAGUUGGAGGUCAGGGAUUUUCCCCCCUCUGCCCCCCUCGCAAUGUUUUAUCCGAACUCUUGGGCUCCUGUAUGGGGGAAAGGGUAUGCAUGGCUUUCUACUUAACAGGAAAAAGAAGAGUGCUGAUGGAUGCAAAAGACUACAAGGGCAGGAUUUGGUCCGUACUGUCUUUUUUGAGGGACUGGCUUAUCUAAACGGGCUGGAGAGGAAGCCAAAGAAACUUCCCCGUCGCUUUUUUAGCAUGGUCCCCUUUUUCAGCCAGAUGUUGCAUCAACAUAGAAAAUGUCCCUACAGCAGAAUUCUGCAGAGGGUCUGCCCAGUGAUGGGGGUGAGCAAUGCAGGACGAGGAGAAUUCAGCUCCCUCUUGGCUCAACAAUGUGCGCCUCACCGGGUUUACCUGUUUCUAAAGGAGUGUCUCUCCAGUGUGAUCCCCCCCGAGCUGUGGGGCUCCGACCACAACCGGCUUAAUUUCUUAUGCAGAGUCAGGGGCUUCCUGAACAGCGGCAAGUCUGAAAGGCUCUCAUUGGCUGAACUGAUGUGGAAGAUGAGGGUGAAUGACUGUGAUUGGCUGAAGAUCAGUAAAACAGGCAGGAUCCCGCCCAGUGAGCUCUCAUACCGGACUCAGAUCCUGGGUCAGUUCCUUGCUUGGCUUCUGGAUGGCUAUGUUGUAGGUCUUGUUCGAGCCUGUUUCUAUGCCACAGAGACUGUAGGCCAGAAGAACUCCAUCAGGUUCUACAGACAGGAAGUCUGGUCAAAACUGCAAGACCUGGCCUUCAGGGGUCACCUCUCCAAGGGUCAGAUGGAGGAGUUGACUACAGCCCAAGUGGCAGCCCUCCCCAAAUCCACGGUCAUCUCUCGCCUGCGCUUUGUUCCCAAGACAGAUAGCAUGAGGCCUAUCACACGAGUCAUGGGAGCAGAUGCUAAAACAAGGCUCUACCAGGGCCGUGUGCGUGACUUGUUAGACGUGCUGCAGGUCUGUGUGCGCUCCUCUCCAUCUCUCCUGGGCUCCACAGUUUGGGGGAUGGCAGAUAUCCACAAGAAGUUGGGUUCUGUAGCUCCAGCCCAGAAGGAGAAGCCACAACCCCUCUACUUUGUUAAGGUGGAUGUGAGUGGGGCCUUUGAGAGUCUACCUCAUGACAAACUCAUUGAGGUGAUAGGCCAGGCUCUUUCCCCUGUCCAAGAUGAACUCGUCACCAUCCGCCGCUAUGCCAGGAUCUGGACUGAUUCCCACGAAGGCCUGAAAAAGUCCUUUGCCCGCCAGGCAGAUUUCCUGGAGGAUAACAUGGGAUCCACCAACAUGAAAGGCUUUGUGAUGUCACUGCAGGAGAAAGGCAAAGUUCAUCACAGCAUACUGGUGGAGCAGCAUUUCAGCUCAGAUCUGCAUGGCAGAGAGGCAAUGCAGUUCUUCACCCAAAUGAUAACUGGAAGUGUUGUUCAGUUUGGGAAAAAAACGUACCAACAGUGCAGAGGGAUUCCUCAGGGCUCUGUCGUGUCCAGUCUGCUCUGCUGUCUUUGUUAUGGUCACAUGGAGAACACUCUGUUGAAAAACAUCACUGAAAAGAAAGGAUGCUUAAUGAGACUGGUGGAUGACUUCCUUCUGAUAACUCCAGACUUACAUGAAGCACAAGGGUUUCUCAGGGUCCUGCUGGCCGGGGUACCACAGUAUGGUCUGGUGGUCAACCCACAGAAAGUGGUGGUCAACUUUGAGGUGUCAGGAAGCAGCAGCUCUUGUCCUGACAUCCGCGUGCUGCCCCCUCACUGCCUCUUCCCCUGGUGUGGACUGCUGCUUGACACGCAAUCACUUGACGUCUACAAAGAUUAUUCCAGCUAUGCAGGCCUGUCUUUGCGCUACAGCCUUACCUUGGGCUCUUGCCAUUGGGCUGGACAGCAAAUGAGGAGAAAACUGAUGGCUGUCCUAAGACUCAAGUUCCACGCUUUGUUCUUGGACCUAAAGACCAACUCUCUUCAGGCAGUCUGCAAGAACCUCUACAAGCUGGUGCUGCUUCAUGCAUGCAGGUACCAUGUGUGUGCUCAGAGUUUGCCCUUUGGUCAGACGGUUGCUAAGAACCCCGCGUACUUCCUGCAGAUGAUAUGGGACAUGGCAGAGUACGCAAAUCAGCUCAUCAGGAUCAGCAACAAAGGACUGAGUUUAGGCAGCAAAGCUCAGACUGGUAUUUUGCAGUAUGAAGCAGUAGAGCUGCUGUUCUGUCUUUCCUUCUCGUUGGUGCUGUCACAACACCGUCCACUUUACAGGAGUCUUCUCCCACACCUUCACAGAAGGAAGCGCAGUCUAGAGUGGCGUUUGGGGGACCUGAGGCUGGCCAGGGUGCGACAAGCAACUAAUCCCAGGAUCCCAGUUGAUUUCUUGGCCAUCCAGGUUUUGAAGGAGUGGAAGAAGCAACGCUUUGAGAUUGGUCGUGGAUUUAUCUAGCCUGUCAGUUUGCCAUUUUUUUCUGUCAUGCCGUGACAGGAAAUCUGGUUUUAGUCAACUGAUAUGAACCACUUAGGUUAUAAACCUGAGCCAUUAAAACACCCAAUAAAACAAAAAUUAAACAACAUGGACCAGAUCAAUAAAGAUGGCUAGCUGACAAUCACCCUGCUACUGUCCAAGACACUGUAACAUCCCUAUGGCUGUUUGUCUCUCUGGACUUAGAUUUACACUUCUUGUUUUUUUCCACAAGGAACAUGUGACCCUUUUUGAGUUCUAAAAAGAUCUCCGGAUGAACGACAGGAACCUUAGCACCUAAUGCAUUGAUGUUGUGUGACUGCUAAAAUAACUCUGAGUGAUUCAAAUAAAACUUUCUGUGAAUGUAUAAUAAAUGACUGCUUUGUCAGUA